ACGUGUUUCGGAAAAGUACAGUGCAACGGCGUGCUCUGUGAACUCAACACAACAACACACUCCACAAAAGGGAGUAUUUAAUAGUGAGGGUGCAACCCUAAAAAGGGGCGGAAGUGCGGCAUAGUGAAGCAAAACAAAAUACAAACGCACAUACAUACGUGUAUGUGUAAUAUAUAUGUACAUAUAAUAUAUGUAAGUGUGUGUGCAUAGCAUACAUGUAGCAGCAAUAAUAAUGAAAGCGGUUAGUGCAAGAAAAUAAACACAUACACACUUAAGUGCUAAAAGUCGACUGCAAUCAGCGUAUGUGCAACAAAAUAUAACAACAACAACAACUGCCAAACGACGUUAGUGUGGCAAAGUGGCAAGUUGGCCUUUUCGUCUUACCGGUUUUUUGACAUCAGCGCGCAAGCAAGCAAACCACUACACACACACACACACCCGCAGUUGUCCGUGUGUUGACGGGUUUGUGCAUAUACAUAUGUGUGUGUAUAAGUCGUACCACCGCUUGUUUGGCAAAUAUUUGUGUGUGUAUUGUGCGUCUAAACGCGUUUGCGGCGCCGACAGCGCUGCCAGCAGCAGACGCUAACGCUAUUAUCGCUGACUUUGCGGUCGUCGUUGCUAUUGAGCUGAGCAUUUUCGAAUUAUUUCGUUGCCAGACGUUCGCUGGGUCCACACAUACACACAUACAUGCGUAUGUUUGUGCUAUGUGUGUGUUUGUGUUGGCGUGCUGGUGAAUGUAACUUCGGUUUCAAGUUGGCUUUUUGAUCUUUGUGGGCCGACUUCGAGUGUGUCAGGCUGUCGAAGUGUAUUUUUGUGUUUGGUUUUUGAAUUAUUUUCUACUCGUAAAAUUUGUGCGCCGUGUGUGAAUUGAAGAAAAUUCAAAACUCCAAAUAUAUUACUACACAAACACAUACAAAUAUGUAGAUAUGUGUGCUUUGUAGCAUUACAACAACAAGAAAGCUAAAAUAAACCUACAAGAAGUGGCCAAAAGUGAGAAAAUAAAAUAUUGAAAUAUAAAAAAAAUAUUAAAUGACAGCUCAAACAGUUAAGUUUGGCUUCGAAUACAGUUGUGCAAUUCAUAAGAUUAUCUGCGGGUGCUUGUGCUGACCAUUUGGAUACGUAUACGAAUGUGUGUAUAUAUGCAUGUGUAUUUCUGUGCAGCUUAAGAUACACACGUAUUUGAAUAAACAAAAUAUUUUCUGAAUGCCAGUGUCUUAAUUCAUUUAUUAACAACUGUGGCAACAAAUAACGAAUCUUAAAUAGUGGUGAUUGGUGAUAGUGUGUUGAAUAGCAAAGCUUUCAUUUGUGGAUUAACUUGGAUUUGGUAUUUUGAAACUUUUGCUCAUCGUCCGGAAUAUUUAAUAUAAAUGUGUAUAGUGUCUGCAUGCUGAGUAUAUUUCAAUGACAUGAGUUUAUAUUACGCGCCUUUAAAAAGGAUUGGCCACAAUAUGUUCUCUUAUACACAACAACAACAUAGUGAAUUACUUGCCGUCAAUAUCAGCAUAACAGUUAAGAUGCCACUAACAACAAUACACAGCACACGGCGAGUGCGUAUUUAAUAAACGCUGUGUAACGGUUCGGUGCGGUUGAUUGUUGAAACGCGAACCACAGGCACACACCCACAAUUGGGUGUUUUGCAUACGCCAACGGCGUGUAAACAUUUAAAACAAACACAAACACACAAGUAACGGAAAAUGUUAGUUGUAACAGCGAGCCAGCAGAAGAGUUGGCCCAGCAGUUGUAUAGGUAGCGAUGAUAGUUGUUCUUGUAAUGAAGUUGUGAAGGCUAGCGAAGCAGAGGACAACAACUAUGGCAGCAGUUGUUGUUGUACGCAAGAGUGUUGCUGUAAGGUGAGUAGUAGUGGGUGUGAGAGCAGUAGGGUCGGUGGUGCGCACAGCAAAAGUCACGUGCCACGCGCCAUCGCUGCUUCCUGGCUACACACAUAUCUGCUGCUCUUCCUGCUCGCCACCACACAGCUGUUGCACGCGGCGCACGGCUAUUUGAUAAUCGUGCACGAGGACGUGCCGGCUGGUACGGUGGUCUUCAACGCGUCGGUCUACAAACUCGGCUCGGAGCGGCAUUACAAAAUUAACGCACACAAAUCGGCGCAUUUCGUACAUCACCUGGUGGCCGUCAACCACAAAGAUGGCCAGAUACAAUUACGCAAGCAAUUGAAAUGCGAUGGCAUCUAUUAUCCGAAUCUGUUCACCUUCUAUGUGGACUCGACGUCGAAUCGGUUGCGCAGCAUUGACUACUACAGCCUGCCGGUGCGUAUAUUUGUGACGGGACGUGAUUGCAACGAGGAUCGACGCAUAGAGGAGGAGAUGCAUAGCCGACACUAUGAGGAGGAGGAGACGGGCUAUUCGAAGCGACGCAGACGUUAUAUCGACACCAUUGCACAACCCGAUCUACGCUACUUCGGCGCUUACUUGGCGCAUACCAGUAACAGCGUCGAGUUGACGCCGAGCAGCACGGAUGUGGAUGUGCUCAAUCAUAAUAACAGUCGGCGCGAGUUCCGCGAUGGUGACUUGAUAUUCGGCGAUAAUUUCGAUAAUGAGAUGCGUCAUCGUAUACUUAGCCGUAAGCGACGCGCGAAGGAACCGUUACAGCUGGAGCCGUCGCUGCAUCGACGCAUCUCGGAUGCGAAGCAGUGGAUCUCGGAAACUUAUGCCUCCUAUGCCAUACACACAACGGAUAAAUGGAAUCAAAUCUGCUUGCGGCGUUCGCAGUUUAUUAACAAUCUCAACGCUUUUCUGCCGAAAUCGAUUUGUCAGUAUUGCAAGGUGAACUUUUUGGAUGUGAAUGAUGAACGUUUUGCGAUCGAACAUCAGAAUCACGAUUUGGUGGCCAGCCGUGAUGUCUGCAUACGCGAAUCUAUAUGGAAGGUUAGCAUCACCUUCAAUAUACGUUGCAAUCGUAAUGAGAUCGUAGAUUCGGAUCAUCGUCUGAAGAUCGUCUAUCACUAUCAGGAGUUUAAUGACACCGACAUCGCGAAACGCGUGCGUCGUGAGCUGCGUAAUCAGUCGCCGUACUUCGAACAGGCGCUCUAUGUAGCUUCUGUGUUGGAGGAACAGCCGGCCGGUUCAGCUGUGACAACAGUGCGUGCACGCGAUCCCGAAGACUCGCCAGUAGUAUAUUCAAUGGUUUCGUUGUUGGACUCGCGUUCGCAGUCGCUCUUCAAAGUGGAUUCGCGCACCGGUGUGGUCACAACGUCGGCGAGUUUGGAUCGUGAGCUUAUGGAUGUGCACUAUUUUCGUGUAGUUGCUACAGACGAUAGUUUUCCGCCGCGUUCGGGCACCACAACGUUGCAAGUGAAUGUACUGGAUUGUAAUGAUCAUAGUCCCACCUUCGAAGCUGAGCAAUUCGAGGCCAGUAUACGUGAAGGCGCCACAGUAGGGUCGACGGUGAUCACUUUACGCGCCACAGAUCAGGAUAUAGGCAAAAAUGCAGAGAUCGAAUAUGGCAUUGAGAGUGUAACUGAUGGCACUGGCACCUUGCAAGAUCAAGAGCUACCUAUUUUUCGCAUUGAUGCCCGCUCGGGUGUGAUAUCGACACGCAGUACUUUGGAUCGCGAAACUUCGGACAGCUACAAUCUCAUUGUGACCGCCUCGGAUAUGGCGUCGGCGCAGAGUGAGCGCAAGACCGCUACCGCAACAGUGAUCGUGAAGAUAUUGGACGACAACGACAACUAUCCGCAAUUCAGUGAACGUACCUACACAGUACAAGUGCCUGAAGAUCAGUGGGGUGAUGAUAACGUUGUGGCACACAUACGUGCCACCGACGCCGAUCAGGGCAACAAUGCGGCAAUACGUUAUGCGAUCAUUGGCGGCAAUACGCAAUCACAAUUCUCAAUCGAUUCGAUGAGUGGCGAUGUGAGUCUCGUCAAACCGUUGGACUAUGAGAGCGUACGCAGCUAUCGAUUGGUUAUACGCGCACAGGAUGGUGGAAGUCCAUCGCGCAGUAAUACCACGCAACUGUUGGUGAAUGUUAUCGAUACAAACGACAAUGCGCCGCGUUUCUAUACCUCACAGUUUCAGGAGUCUGUGCUGGAGAAUGUGCCGGUGGGUUACAAUAUCAUUCGCGUACAGGCGUACGAUGCAGAUGAAGGUGCCAAUGCUGAGAUCGCUUAUAGCAUCUCAGAACGUGAUGAUAAUUUUCCGCUGGCCGUCGAUUCACGCACCGGUUGGGUGCAAACGAUCAAGCCAUUAGAUCGUGAAGAACAAAGUCGUUACACAUUCCAAGUUGUUGCUAAAGAUGGCGGUGUGCCACCGAAAUCAGCAAGCUCCACAGUGGUAAUAACAGUGCAGGAUGUAAACGAUAAUGAUCCCACUUUCAAUCCGAAGUAUUAUGAGGCAAAUGUGGGUGAGGAUCAGCCGCCGGGUACGCCUGUGGUUACAGUCACCGCCACCGAUCCGGAUGAGGACUCACGUCUGCAUUAUGAACUUACUUCUGGCAAUACGCGUGGUCGUUUCGCGAUUACUUCACAAAAUGGACGUGGUCUCAUUACCAUUGCACAAUCCUUGGACUACAAGCAAGAGAAACGUUUUGUGCUCACUGUAACAGCUACAGAUUCAGGUGGUCGCUCCGAUACCGCUACUGUGAAUAUUAAUAUUACCGACGCCAAUAAUUUCGCGCCCAUUUUUGAGAAUGCGCCUUACAGCGCUUCAGUUUUCGAGGAUGCGCCUAUAGGUACGACCGUCUUGGUUGUCUCGGCUACCGACAGCGAUGUUGGCAUCAAUGCACAGAUCACGUACUCGUUGAAUGAGGAAAGCAUAAAUGGACUAGGCAGUCCAGAUCCCUUCUCGAUAAAUCCACAAACUGGCGCAAUUGUGACAAAUGCGCUUUUGGAUCGUGAAACUACUAGCGGUUAUUUGCUUACCGUCACCGCCAAGGAUGGUGGCAAUCCAUCGCUUAGUGAUACUACUGAUGUGGAGAUAAGCGUGACAGAUGUGAAUGACAAUCCGCCCGUCUUCAAGAAUCCACUCUACCAAGCAUCCAUACUGGAAGAUGCGCUUGUCGGCACUUCGGUCAUACAAGUAUCUGCUACCGAUCCCGAUAUUGGUUUAAAUGGUCGCAUAAAAUAUUUGCUGAGCGAUCGCGAUGUCGAAGACGGUUCGUUUGUUAUCGAUCCCACAUCGGGUACAAUACGCACCAACAAGGGUUUGGAUCGUGAGAGUGUGGCCACUUAUCAUCUCACUGCUAUUGCUGUAGACAAAGGCUCACCGCCGCUAUCGAGCACUGUUGAAGUCCAAAUACGUUUGGAAGAUGUUAAUGAUUCACCACCCACGUUUCCUUCGGACAAAAUUACGCUUUAUGUGCCGGAGAACUCUCCUGUUGGUUCAGUGGUUGGUGAAAUACACGCCCACGAUCCAGAUGAGGGUGUCAAUGCAGUGGUGCACUAUUCUAUUAUUGGUGGCGACGACUCAAACUCCUUUUCUUUGGUCACACGGCCAGGCUCAGAGCGGGCACAAUUGUUGACCAUGACUGAGCUCGACUAUGAAUCCAAUCGCAAACGUUUCGAGUUGGUCAUACGCGCAGCCAGUCCACCGUUGCGUAACGAUGCGCAUGUGGAGAUAUUGGUUACCGAUGUUAACGACAAUGCACCAGUAUUACGCGACUUCCAGGUGAUCUUCAACAAUUUUCGCGAUCACUUUCCUAGUGGUGAAAUCGGCAGAAUACCGGCAUCGGACGCUGACGUCACCGACAAAUUAACAUAUCGCAUACUCUCUGGCAACAAUGCUAAUCUUUUACGUUUGAAUACCACAUCAGGCGGUUUAAUCUUGAGCCCACAGCUGAAUACGAAUGUGCCGAAAUUUGCAACUAUGGAGGUCUCCGUCUCGGAUGGCAUCAAUGAAGCCAAGGCAAUUAUGCAGCUCUCCGUGCGUUUGAUCACCGAAGAUAUGCUAUUCAACUCCGUUACAGUGCGUCUUAAUGAAAUGACGGAGGAGGCUUUUCUAUCGCCACUCUUAAACUUCUUUCUCGACGGUCUGGCUGCUAUUAUUCCAUGUCCAAAGGAAAAUAUUUUCGUUUUCUCCAUACAAGAUGAUACCGAUGUGACAACUCGCAUACUGAAUGUGAGUUUCUCCGCAAAGCGUCCCGAUGUCUCACACGAAGAAUUUUACACACCACAAUAUCUGCAAGAACGCGUCUAUCUGAAUCGCGCUAUAUUGGCACGUCUAGCCACAGUUGAAGUGCUGCCGUUCGAUGAUAAUCUUUGCGUGCGUGAACCAUGUCUUAACUUCGAAGAGUGCCUUACAGUGCUGAAGUUCGGUAAUGCCUCAGAGUUCAUACAUAGCGACACAGUGCUCUUCCGUCCCAUUUAUCCCGUGAAUACCUUUGCAUGCUCAUGUCCCGAGGGCUUCACUGGCAGCAAAGAGCACUAUCUCUGCGAUACGGAAGUGGAUCUUUGCUACUCAGACCCCUGUCGAAAUGGUGGCACAUGUGUACGGCGCGAAGGCGGCUACACUUGCAUUUGCUCGCCAAAGCAUACAGGCGUUAACUGUGAAACGGAUAUCUCGACGCUGAAGCCUUGCAUGUCGGACGCCUGCGAUGGUGGUUAUUCCUGCAUGAACUCAUUUUUGAGCUCACAGCCACCACCCUACACGGCGACAUGUGAGCUCCGUUCACGUUCGUUCUCUAAGAACUCCUUCCUCACGUUCGAAAGUCUCAAACAGCGACACCGAUUCAAUCUUAAGCUACGAUUUUCAACUGUGCAUGAAAAUGGCUUGCUGCUGUACAAUGGACGGUACAAUGAAUUGCACGACUUUAUCGCACUUGAAAUACUGGAGGGUCAUGUUAGCUUUUCAUACUCACUGGGCGACAACAAGCAAAGUGUGUCAGUUGUACAACAGGCGAAGGUGUCGGAUGGGGAAUGGCAUGAUGUGGAGGUGAUAUACCUCAACCGGACUGUGACACUCGUGCUCGAUAAAUGUGAUACGGCGAUAGCUUUGGCUGGUAAUCUAGGCGACCGAUGGAGCUGCGCUAAUCAGACGACACUCAAACUGGACAAACGUUGUGCGCUACUCACCGAAACCUGCCAUCGUUUCUUGGACUUGACUGGUCCACUACAACUUGGUGGUCUGCCACGAAUACCCGCACACUUUCCGGUGGAGAAUCAGGAUUUCAUUGGUUGCAUUUCCGAUUUACGCAUUGAUGAACGUUACAUAGACCUGAACUCUUACGUUGCAGACAAUGGCACUAUCUCUGGCUGUCCACAGAAGGCACCACUGUGCUCUUCGGAGCCAUGCUUUAACGGUGGUGUUUGUCGUGAAGGUUGGAAUACUUACACCUGCGAGUGCCCGGAGGGUUAUGCUGGUAAUGCAUGCCAAGAGACUAUACCAGCACCCUGGCGUUUCUCCGGAGAUGGCAGUCUCAGUUUUAAUCCAUUAUUAAGACCGAUACAAUUGCCAUGGGUCACGUCACUCUCUAUGCGUACUUUGCAGAUGGAUGCGUUUCUGCUGCAAAUCCAAAUCGGGCAGAAUAGUUCGGCAGUACUUUGCCUGAAAAAUGGCAUACUCUACUACAUCUACGACAAUGAGCCGAUGUACUUGGCUGGUGCCUAUCUUUCUGAUGGCAACUGGCAUCGCAUCGAAGUGAAAUGGCUUGGAUCCGAGGUACAGUUUUCUGUAGAUUACGGCCAACGAACUGGUGUCGUGCCAAUGUCACAGAAGGUGCAGGGCCUUUAUGUUGGUAAGAUUGUGAUCGGUAGCGCAGACGGUUCGAUAGGCGUAGUUGGUGACAUGUUGCCCUUUGAAGGUUGCAUACAAAAUGUGCGCAUUGGCGCCUCGCAAUCCGUGUUAUCGCGUCCUACUAUACGCGAGAAUGUUGAAGACGGCUGCUUGUCUCGCGCCGAAUGCCCUGAAAGUUGUCCACCACACUCCACUUGCACAACGACUUGGGAUCAAUCGCAAUGUGAAUGCUUACCUGGCUACGUAGGACCCGACUGCCUGCCCAUCUGCACCGUUAAACCUUGCACAGCGGGGGUGUGCCGCGCGAAUAUCAGCGAACCACGCGGUUAUAAGUGUGAAUGCAAUAGUUCCUUGCAACAUGGGGAAUAUUGCGAGAAGACCGUGCAGCAGCCUUGUCCUGGCGGCUGGUGGGGUGAAAAGGUUUGUGGACCAUGUAAAUGUAACUUGAAACAAGGCUACCAUCCAGAUUGCAACAAGACCACCGGUCAGUGCUAUUGCAAGACCAAUCAUUACCAACCGCCAAAUGAGACUGCAUGCAUACCCUGUGAUUGCUACUCAAUUGGCUCCUUCAGCAGCGCAUGCAACCGACUGACGGGACAAUGUGAAUGCCGUGAAGGUGUUAUUGGACGACGCUGUGACUCCUGCUCGAAUCCGUAUGCUGAAGUAACUCUUAAUGGCUGCGAGGUGGUCUAUGACGCUUGUCCACGUUCAUUCGCGGCUGGCAUCUGGUGGCCACGUACACCACUUGGCAGCACAACUAUUGAGAAUUGUCCCUCGCCCGCUAGAGGUAAAGGACAACGCACCUGCGAUGGUAUGUCAGGUGGCUGGAACCAGCCGGAUAUGUUCAACUGCACAUCCGAUCCAUUUGUUGAACUACGUAAACAACUUUCGCAACUGGAGAAGCUGGAGCUGGAGUUAAACUCAUUCGUGGCCAUCAAAAUGGUGGAGAACUUGCAAUUGGCCUGUGAAACUGUGGAUCGCUCGAGCGCGGUAAAGAAGAAGUUGGUGAAGGAUAGUCGUCGGUACAAAAUGGAAUCCUCCUUCUUGAUAAACGAAGGCAACAAUAUGUGGUCAAAUGAGCUGGAGAUGGACUAUCUAUCAGACGAACUUAAAUUUACACAUGAUCGACUCUACGGCGCUGAUCUGCUGGUUACCGAAGGCAUACUGCAGGAGCUAAUCAACUACGAACUAAUGCAAAAUGGCUUAAACCUGACGCAUAGUCAAGAUAAGUAUUUCAUUAAAAAUCUGGUAGAUGCCGCAAGCGUUAUUUUGGAUCGGAAGUAUGCCGCAGAAUGGAAACGUGCCACGGAAUUGAUACAGCGUGGACCCGAUGAUCUCGUGGACGCGUUCAACAAGUAUAUGGUAGUCUUAUCUAGUUCGCAGCAUGAUACGUACACGAACCCAUUCGAGAUUGUGCAACGGAAUAUGAUAUUCGCUUUGGAUAUUAUCACUACAGAAUCACUUUUCGGUUACGAACCCGAACAGCUCAGCGAAUACCACAAAACUAAGCUGAAUCUCAAACCGAAUGCGUACACCACGGAAAGUGUCAUAUUACCAGACACCAGCGGCUUCCUACAGCACUCUUCGAAGCAGAAACCCGUUAUUACUUUCCCCAAAUACAAUAAUUACAUACAAGAUAAGACGAAGUUCGAUAAGUAUACAAAAGUUUUGGUGCCACUGGACAUGUUGGGCAUUACGCCACCCGGCAGCAAUGAAGUAACACAGAACGCCAACGACUAUCGCGCCAUUAUCUCCUAUGCACAGUACAAAGAUGUAGGGCAACUUUUACCCGAUAUGUACGAUGAGACGAUCACACGACGUUGGGGUGUCGAUAUUGAAGUCGCUUCACCUAUACUGUCACUCGCCAUUUUAGUGCCAUCAAGCGACACCGAGGAGAAACGUAUAGAGAUACCUUACCGUAAAAUUUCCUCACAAAAAACAGAUUCCAAUGAACAACAAUUUAUCGAGGUAUUCGACGUGCCGAAGACGAGUAGCAGUGGCAGCGAAGAGCAUAUGAUUGAGAAUAUACGUAUCACGGCGCAUGAAAUCAUGCCUCCGGCGCCAAGCAACUCACAAGAAACGUCUGCCGAAGUGUCAAGCAACGAAGCAGUCGAAGUAAGUGAUGGUGGUGAGGAACCACACAUUAGUGUACGCUUCGACGAUGAAAAUAUUGAGUUCCAUGGUGAUACUGGUGAAGAGGUCGUAGAUUCACCAGAAGUAGGGAGCUCACACUUUGAUGUAGGUUCCAGUGAACAGCAAAAGGGUGAGAAUGAAGCCAUCUACCGUAAUCGCAGACUCGUCAAACGUCAAGUGGAAGUUAUCUACCCAUCCGAACAGCAGCAAACGCAACAGAAUGUGAUCUAUCGUUCGCUUGGCUCACCACAUCUGUCACAACCCAUAAAAUUGCAAAUGUGGUUAGAUGUUGAGCCAGCGCGUUUCGGACCACGCUCCAAUCCACAGUGCGUACGUUGGAACUCAUUCACCAGCCAAUGGACACGUCUCGGCUGCCAAACCGAAGUACCCGACUUCGAUGAGUUGCCGUUGGAUGGUCAACCGAUUAUUGUGAACUGUACCUGCACACACGUCUCCAACUACGCGGUGAUUGUGGAUAUUAUCGAUCCCGAAGAUAUACCUGAACCCUCAUUAUUGGUACAAAUUACUUCGUAUUCAGCAUUUAUGGUAUCGCUGCCAGUGCUGCUGAGCGUGCUCAUCGCUUUGGCACUGCUGCGGGGCCAGCAAACCAAUUCCAACACCAUACAUCAGAAUAUAGUGCUGUGCGUUUUCUGUGCCGAACUGUUAUUCUUCGUAGGCAUGCAGUCACGUCGCAAUCUGCUCGAAAAUGAAUUCCCCUGCAAGCUUAUUGCGAUUUGCUUGCAUUACUUCUGGCUGGCGGCGUUCGCUUGGACCACAGUCGAUUGCGUGCAUCUGUAUCGCAUGCUCACCGAGAUGCGUGACAUCAACCAUGGCCCGAUGGGAUUCUACUUUGCCAUGGGCUAUGGUGCACCGGCCAUUGUGGUCGGUUUGUCAGUGGGCGUGCGGGCACAUGAAUAUGGCAAUAGUUUGUUCUGUUGGCUCUCUGUUUACGAACCGGUUGUUUGGUGGCUGGUCGGUCCCAUUGCGGGCAUGUCGGUGGUGAAUCUGCUCAUACUGUUUGUUUCCGUGAAAGCCGCAUUCACGCUCAAAGAUCACGUACUCGGUUUUGGCAAUCUACGCACGUUGCUUUGGUUAUCCGUCGUCUCGUUGCCGCUGAUGGGCGUCAUGUGGGUUUUGGCCGUUUUAGCUGCUUCCGAGAAUUCACAAAUGUUAAGCAUUCUGCUGUCGGGCGUAGUGGUGCUACAUUCCAUAUUCUGUCUCAUUGGCUAUUGCAUUAUCAACAAAAGGGUGAGAGAGAAUCUGCAGCGCACUUUCUUACGCUGUAUGGGGCGAAAAGUGCCGCUCUUAGACUCUUCACUGGUGGUGAGCAACAGCUCGCAUAAUGUGAACGGUGCAACGAGGCCUAAUAAUUUCCUAGCAGGCAGCUAUGAUACAGCGAGGAGGAAUGUGGGUAUCAGCGUCUCUAGUACAACUUCACGAAGUACGGCUAAAACGAGUUCUAGUCCAUAUAGCGACGGCCAGCUGCGUCAGACCUCUACGUCUACCUCCAACUAUAAUUCAGCCAGCGAUGCGCCCAGCUUUUUGCGUGGCUUCGACUCAUCUACGGGCGGCGCUGGUGGUGGUGGACGCAGGGAAGAGAAAUCACGUCGUCAUCGCAAGGAUUCCGACUCUGGCUCCGAAACAGAUGGGCGUUCGUUAGAGCUCGCCUCGAGUCAUUCAAGCGAUGAUGACGAAUCCCGCACUGCACGCUCAUCGGGUACACACCGCAGUACCGGUGUUAGCGCUACACCUUCUUACCUUCCUAACAUAACCGAACAUGUGCAAGCGACAACACCACCUGAACUGAAUGUUGUGCAGAGCCCGCAACUCUUCCCCAGUGUUAAUAAGCCUGUGUACGCGCCGCGUUGGUCAAGUCAACUGCCUGAUGCCUACUUGCAAUCACCGCCAAAUGUGGGCCGUUGGUCGCAAGAAACCGCGUCGGACAAUGAACAUGUGCAUGGUCAAAAAGUGACCAUCUCACCAAACCCACUACCGAAUCCAGAUCUCACCGACACCUCGUACCUACAACAACAUCACAAUAAAAUUAAUAUGCCACCAUCGAUAUUGGAAAAUCUGCAGAAUGUACGUAACGAUAACGGUUAUGAUACGCUCGAACAUGAAAACCUCUAUCGACGCAAAGAGUAUCAGGACAGCUAUGGACAGUUCGACACCUUGCCCGUGGCAGGCAACUACAAACCACCGAGUCACUACGGUAGCGAAAAGGACUAUAACGGCAGUGCUAACGGUAGCACCAGUGGUGGUGGCGGUGGUGCCGGCAAUGGUGGCACUCAAAUCGUUAAUCACAUGCGUUCCUUCCACCCCGACGCGGCUUACCUCAGCGACAGCAUAUACGAUAAACAACGCACACUCGGCUAUAUGGGCCCCAAAGCGGAGUCGCCGUACAUGUCCAAAGAGCGUAUUGCGCCCGAUAUAUAUGGCUCCCGCGAGAAUCACUAUAGUCUUAAGAAGCCGCAUAUGUAUGUUGGUGCCGCCGAUUCCAUGCAUUCGGUGCAUUCGUUGUUGAAGAACGACUACCAGGCGCAACAACAGCGCCAGCACCAUUUGCAGCAGCAGCAACAGCUGCAACACCAGCACCCACAACCGACGGUAGCGGACUAUCACUCCGAUCGCAUGUCGGAGGGUUCGGACAAAAACGGUUAUCAUUUUCCAUACACCGCCGAAGAGGAUCACAUACCCGCCGCGCGUAAACUCAGCCAUCAACACAAUCCAUCACCCUCCCUACACAGUUCGCAUCAGAUGCUCAAUGGGCAUGGGCACGCGCAUGCCGUGAACGACAUGAACAAUCCCGGUAUGCUGGGGCGACACACAUUGAACUCGAGCUCGCGGCAUGGUUCGCGCGCCAGUUCGCCGCCCUCAAGCAUUGUGGCGCCCAUGCAGCCCUUGGCGCCGCUCACCAGCAUAACGGAUACAGAUUCAGAGUUGGACAUUAUUUGGCUGCAUCGCUGGCGUCGCCGAUAUCCCUGGUCUCUGACAAUCUGGAGGAACAUUGAUGAUGAUGAGACGACCGUGUGACCACAUCAUCAACAACAACAACACCAAUUGCAGAAAAACAUAAUAAUAAAUGAACAUAAACUACCGCUAAUGCAACCAGAAGUGUCAUUAAAGCCACCAGCACAACAACAGCAGCGACAGCAGCAACAACAACAACCAAAUCGAGUGUCCGCACAAUUUACGCCACUGCCAAUAACAAUAUUGCAACAACCAAUACCAGUGCAACUUUGGAAAAUUAAUCAGAAAAUGUUGAAAAGCGAUACAAACAGACAGCAACAACAACAGCAACAGCAGCAAAAGCAAAAAUAUCAACAAGAGCAAACACAACACUUCGCAACUAUACGUCGUGUGCCAUCGCCGCACUACAGUGGCCGAUGUCAGUAGAAAAACAAAAACUACAAAAAUAUUGUUAAAAUAGAAAUGAAAAGGCGAAAAACAACAACUUAGUUAAGUAUGUAAAGGUAACAGUAUAAAUACAUACAAACACACAGCUAUAAGUGCUAUAUAUAUGUAUAUGUAUUUGUUAAGUUGAUCAUUAGUGUUAGACGAGAGCUCCAUAAUGUAUAUGUUUGCAAGUAUUGAGAGGAGUAAGUUACGAAAACAAAAACAAAAAGUAAUCAACUAGUUAAGCUAUGUAUUUAUUGUACUGCAGAAAUAGCGAAAAAAGAACAUAAAGCUUAUAUAAAAAUGUAAAAAUAAAACUCGAAAUGUUUAGUGUGGGUGUCAGCUGAAUAAGCAAAAGAAUAGGGAAAGAGUGGACUCAGAUAUAAUUAGGGAACAAUAAUACAAUAACAUUGAUAAUGUGGGGUUUUUUCAGUUUAUUUUCAUAUUUUUCUUGGUUUUGUAAAAUUUUCGCGCUUCUACUUUGAAGCCAUUCGUCUUAGGUGGCUCAUAUAGUGUGGCAGCAUAAAAAAGACAAUUUUUGAAAAUUUAGAAGUUAGAAAAGACUACUAUAUCAUUUGUUUUAAAAUAUUAAGAAUAUAUUUAAAAUUUUUGAAGACAAAAAUUUUGGACAAGUUUUUUUUGCAAUAAUAAAUAAAUAAACAAAUAUGUACUACUUUGGUCUACCACUUCUUGCCAUUUUCCGCUAGAGACAUUAUUCCAUCAGUGUAAAAUUUUCAUCAGUGUAAAUCGAAAUUUUGAAAUUUCCAGAAACAUUGGUGGCUUGGGUAACAUUCUUCACUUUUUUAUACAAAAAUUUCAAAAUACAGCGAAUUUCUUCAUUAUUUUCAUUCAUUUUUGAACAGCGAACGAAAAGACUUUUUCGACUACCCAAUAAAACAUUUUCCGAGUUGCCACGAUCUUUGACAGAUGACUUUCUUGGAUGAAACCUAAAAAAAAUUUUAUACUGAGAUAUAUUACCCGUACAAUGACUUAUGCUCGAAAUGAAGUCAAAAAUUGGGGCGUUUUAAAAAAAAGUUGAGUUUCAACCAAAAAUUCGAUUUUCGAUCAGAUCCAACACUAGUAGAUAAUUGUAUGGAGCACUUUAUAAAACUUGCAGAAAAAUAUUGAAAGUGUUAGGAUCAAUCGUCUCGGCGUAUUCACUCAAGCAAAUUUGGAAAAUGCAGUUAUGAGAAAAACGUGUUUAAGUAGCUCUUAAAGUUGAGGUCACGAACACCGAAUUUUGAUAGUAAAUUUUAAUAAUUUUGAUUCGUUGUUGGAUCGUAUAUCUUUCCAUGAUGAAAUGGCAAACCUUACUAAUGAGAAAUAUCAAAAGAGCGGGAAUAUGGCGUCGUUUGCUGUCCCUAUCAGUCUACUUUUAUAGCGUCCCUUUUGGAAAACCAAACUGAUUAAGCUGAUUGAAUUGAGUGGUUAAAUUUUGGAAGGCUGUAACUCAAAACUGUUAGAUUGAUUGAAAAAAUAAAUAUAUUAUUUUUAAAGCUAUAACCUCUUAAUUUUUGAAAUUUUCUUACUAGAUGUGAUACAGAUGGAUUCUCUCUCCCUCACUUUUUGAUGCGCUUCGUUUCGCUGCUUUGAAUAAAUGCUCACUUUUUUCACAGUUCCGAUAUGAUUCACUAGAUGGCGAAAAAAAUAUAGCACACAUAUGCCUCUAAAGGCAAAAAAAAAUAUUUUCAUUUUUAUACGUUUUGUGAAAAUUUCUGUCUUAUAACAUUAUUCAAAAUUUCAAUCCAACGUUUUUAGAGAUCAUAUAAAAACUUUCUGUACUGCUUUUGAUUCAUCUGUUUUUGAAAAGUUGCGAAUCGAACAACCAACUGGUAUAAACCCAGUAGACUGGCUUAAUUAAGUAGAGUUAGAAGAAGAAACAUUAACUCGAGAACAAGUUAUACGAAAGAAAUACAAAUGCGUAACUUUCUUGUUUAUUUCAAAUGUCAUUUUUUCGAGCAGAGCAGAGGCUAAUCGAAGGCCGCCUUUAAGGUAAAUAAGCCAGCACACAAUUCAGGACGUAUGGUCCUCAUCAUAUCGUUUUUCAAAUACUCCAAUUUUACUGUGGUUACUUGCCAAGUGAGUAGUAGAGAGUCAGAGAGAGAGAGAGAGAGAGAGAGAGAGAGUUAAAAUGAAGCAAGUGUCCCUUUAUAAGAAGUUUAUAACUCAAACUCUCUCAGCGUUUGUAGAUAAACUGAAAAUCCAUCAGAUUGUUACUAUAAUUUAGAGAUCUUCUGUCAUCACUAACACCUUUAGUGGGUCAUCCCAUGUGACGGCCUGUUCUUUAAGAAUUAUUUUAGGACUUUUUUUUCUACGAACAGUAAAGAGUUAGAGCUUCACUCGCUCUAGCCGUUUUUGAGAUAUGUUGGAAUAAAGCUUCAAAAACCCAGUUUUGAGAAAAACGUGUUUAAAGUUUCAAGUCCGCUACUCAGCGCUUCGUAUAGCACUAUAUUCUAACUGCUGUAUCUUUAAGUCAACUUCGAAUUUUAAAAAAUCGCUUUUCUAAACAAGUUAAGAAGGCAAUUUAUGAAAAACCGAACCUCAAUUUUUUGAGCCCAUCACUUGGGAUGAGCCCUUAAAACACUGCUCGGUAAACCAUAAAAGAAAAUAAUAAUUUAUUUAUAAAAAGUUAAAGAGAUAUUUGUUGCAAAAUGCCACCAAACUUGCAUUUAUUAGCUAACGCGUGAGACACACCAGAGAAUACACUUUUUGUAAAUAUUUAGUUGUGUAAGUAAAUGAGAGAGAGGAAGAUAUAACUGUAGGAAAAAAAGAGAGAGGAAGAUAUAAAUGUAUAGGAAAACACUAUAAGUAGUAAAAAGAAAUGUAGUGAAGACCGCUUUAAGCUUUGGACCGUGUGAACAGUUCGUUAUAGACUUUUAGUAGAACUGAUAAUGAUGAUUAUGGUAAUGACGUAAGCCAAGGAAAUGUGUUAAAAUGGUUAAUGCGUCACAUAAACUACUAUUGGCUAAGUGCUCUAACUUCAAAAAGCUAAAACGGCUAUUCGCGCGGUACAAACUGUAAUUUAUAACGCAUCAAUAUUGAACCUGAGUUAAAGUGUCUGCAACAUAGAAAAAAUGUAAAACUACAACAACAACAAAACCUAAAAUAUUUUCACAAAUACUCAUGUAAAACGAAAAACAAAAGUAAAUGUUAAAAAGCUACGAAAAACUGUUAAAGCAAAACACGCGAGAUUCAAAUAGACUAAACGAUAAUUAAAUGAAAGUAUUGAUAUUUUGAAAAAUUAAAUUAAAAACUGUAUAAAAUGUUAAGACGUCGAAAAAAAAUGGCAAAUUGAUGACUAACUUUUUUAUCAUUUCUGUCAGCUCGCAAAUGAGAAGAUAAUAUAUCUUUUCUAAGUUAUGAAUAAAGAUAUAUGUUUUUUCCUUCAUUAGCAUAGAUUUUUUGUAUGAAAUGCAUUUAGUUGUAAGUUUAGGUUAGUAUAAGUUAAUUUAUAAAUAUUUAUGUACUUUCGUGUAUAAAAUAUGUAUAUGGUAAACUCAUUUUAAGGCUAUUAAAAAUAUCGGAAAGCCGAGCGAAUACAUAAAAAUAUAUUUGUGUAUAUUUUCGUAAUUCAGACUGAAUUUUUCAUGUAUCCUUGUAUAUUGAUUAAGCAAAUGUUAAGUAUUAAAUUGAAGCAACGUAAAAAGACAACACACACAUUUUAAUAUAAUUGUACGUGGACAAAAAAAUUAAUAACAAAAAUUAUAUUAUACUUCACCAAUCAUUAUCAAAUAUUAAGCCAAGUAAGAAAAUAAAUAGGCUGAAGAGAAUUAUUUGAAAAACCAGUAUAUGCUGCAAAAGCAUGCGCUUAUGUAAAAGCUUUAAAACUUUUGAAUUUGAAUUUCACGAGCUUUUAAGCUUUUAUGCUUGAAUGUUACAAAAAGCUAAAAGGCAUGUAUUAUGAUAGAAUAUUUGAAAUAUUUUCACAACAUUAAAACUAGCUUAACCCUAUACAAUUAUGUCGAGUUUAACUCAAACGUUUUUCAAAAGCUUUCAGGAACAAACAGGAACAGAAAGUUUCAGUAAAUUUACAAUUUUUCUAAUACAAAGCAUUUGAGCACAUAUACGAUUAUCUUUUGCUCAAACAGACAGUUACUACUUACAAUGAGAACAAUACUUCCGAACAAUAGUUAAGACGCUCGUACGAAAGCCAUAUACUUGUAGUAGCGGUAGAGAGCGCAUUUAGUUCAAUUCAGUGAAAUUUGCUAAAUGAAUUGCAACAAAAUAAACUCUUAAGACGGUGUUGUUUAAAGUUGAAAACAAAUAUUACAUAUACUUUUAACUUUAUGUUUAUUAUGAGCUUUUUAAAAAGCUCUACUAGGUUUCAGCUUUUUCUCAGAACCUUUGGGCCUUUCCAAGCAUGAUUUUUAAUGCCUAAAAAGAGGUUUUAUGUCAAAUCACAAAAAUCGCUUCACACAAUUGUUGAGCGCUGUGAGUUCCAAAAGCUCUGAAGCGUAACUAGACUAUGACUUUUGUUUGUUUAAAAAUUCCAAAUUCGCAUAUAAGACAUAAAUUAAGGAUGUACAUGCGCGUUUUAUACAUAGCCAACAAUAUUUGUAACACCAGUAACACAAUUAUGUGCAAAAGCUUUUGGAGCUUUUAACUUAAAAAAAUUGUAUCAACAUAAACCUGAGCACAUACUAAUUAUCGUAAGUUAUGUGGGUAGGCUCUUCCAAUAAGAGCUUUCUACAGGUAAGAGCUUUUUAAAACUUUCAUACGCAUAGCGCAAAGCUUUUUGUUCACACUGUAGAAAGUAUGUGACGGAAGUAAUUGCAAUAAAUUGUAAAAAGGCAAUUUGAAAUGAUAUACGACCUUUUCAAAAAUUUCUCUUCAGCCUAUAGAGCUUACCAACUAAAUAUCUUGCCAGAAUAUCGUAUCAGCUGCAUUUUUAGGAGUUUAAGCAUCAUUUACAAUACAUAAAUUACGCAUUUGCAUUUUCAUAACCUCAAUUAUUUCGUACUAGUAUAGCUUAAUUUGCAUUUUGAUUUCAACUCUCCCAAACCACCUUAUCGAAACGUAAACGUAAAGAGUGCCUCGACCAUAGUUUGGAGCUUAUUCGAAUUUAGUUGGAUAAAAGUAAAGUAAAGCAAAGUAAAGCAAAGCAAAGUAAAGUAUAAAGUAAAUAUAAAGAUUGUAAAAAGCAAGUGUGAGGUAGUAAAAACUAGUUUUAUGUAAAAUACGGACAGCGUAGAAGGCAAGCAGAGAGCAUCUGCAAAGUGUGUAACUCCAUUCAGCUUCUUAUGCCAUACUUUUAGUUAAAAUUUUGGUCAACUUUGAUCGCUUGGAAUUAUAAAUAAAAUAAGUGAUAUAUUUAGAAUUGUUUUUAAGACAAAAGAGAUAGAGAAGAGAAACUUUAAGUGACAUCGAAGUAGAGAGCAAAGCAUUUAUUAUAAAAAAUUUGCACAAAAUUCGGCGCACGUCAGUAAUUAUUUAUAUAAAAUCAUAAAUUUAACUUAUUUAUUAGUUUAUUUUAAGAAAACGAUUUAAUGUAUAUAAACACAUAACGAAAUCUUGAAUCUCUCAUAACGCUGGCAUUUAAAAUGUAUUUAGAAAAAGAAGAAUAAACAAAUACUCAACCAGUGAUUGCAAUUAUUGUUUUACUAUUAUUUUGUUAUAUAAUAUUAUUUAAUUUAUUUUCCUGAAACAUACUUUUCUUGAAAUCAUUGUAGUUAGUAGUUAUGUAUUUAAAAGAAAUUUGUAUAUUAUAUAUACAGCAUACAAACACACGGCUAUAUUUAGAAAGUAAUAAUAAUUAGUACCUAAGUUAUCAAAACACAUAAAUACACACAUAAACAUAAAUACAUAAACAAAACUCGAUACAACAUUCUCAUACCGCAGUUUUCCAUAAGAAAAAAAUUUAUGAAAUAAUUGAAAAUGAUUUCUAAACAUUCAAAUAUGUGUAUACAUUCUUGUUUAAGUUCAGCAAAGAACACAAAACACACAAAAUCA